AUGGUCACCGGCAGUGUGGUGACGACAAUUGACGGCCUGUGCAUCGUUUUGUCGUCUGACUUGGUCAUGCUAUUUUUGUCAGUGCUCCUCCGCAUAUCAGAUGGGCAGCUGCGUGACGACCUGAUGACGCUGCUCAUCGCUGGACAUGAAACCACUGCAGCCAUGCUUACAUGGACACUCUAUGAGCUCGAGAAGCCGGAGAGCGCCGUCUUUCUGCGUGAAGUGCAGGAGGAGAUCGACACCGUCCUGGAGGGACGAAGCCCAACUUUCGAGGAGCUGACGCAGUUGCCAGCGCUGCGUGCAUGUCUCCUCGAGGCUUUGAGGCUGUAUCCGGAACCUCCUUUGCUAAUCCGCCGAUGCAUCGCCGGAGACGACGUGGCUGUGGGCCCCCUUUGCCAUGAUGUGGAAUCCGAGACGGUGUCGUUUUUGCCUGGCCAGGAUAUCUUCAUCUCCACAUGGUCUCUUCAGCGCUCGGAGACUCUGUGGGGCGAGGAUGCAAGCAGUUUCAACCCGCACAGGUGGAAGGAGAAGCUCAACGGCAAUGGCCUUUGGCAGGGAUACUCACCUGAGAAGUCCACCAACUACCCAGACGAGAGGGCCACCGACUACGCCUUCUUGCCUUUUGGUGCCGGUUCGCGGAAAUGUGUGGGUGACAACUUUGCGCUCCUGGAAGCAGAGGCUGUGCUGGUUGCCCUCUUGCAGCGCUUCGAGUUCAAGGCGUCUGUCGGGAAGCGCAACGUGGAGAUGACGACAGGGGCGACAAUCCACACGGCAGGUGGUCUUAUGAUGGAGGUGAAGAAGCGAACAGAUCGUCGAGCCAAGAAACAUGGCGAAGGUCGGAAGGAAGUGGAUGUGAAGGGAGUGGUCAGCAUGGAAAAGAAGCUACGAGGCACGGUCGCGCAGCGAAUCGAGCCGGAAGCAUUGGUCGUUCCCACGGCCAAAGAGCUGCGCAUGCUUUUCACUGCACAGAAGGAGGAUGUGCGAAAGCUCUCGCCAACGCCGGAACUUUUCGAGGCUUUGGAGAAGGCCUACAAGCAAUGCCAGGAGGUGACCAAAGAGUACUCCAAAACGUUCUACCUGGGCUCGCAGCUCCUGGACCAAGAUGAGCAGCGUGUCGUUUGGGCCAUCUACAACUGGUGCCGAAGCACGGAUGAGCUGGUUGACGGGCCUGAAGCCGCAAACACCACGAUGGCGGACCUCGAGGAAUGGGAAGAGAGACUCAACAGGAUCUUCCAGCUGCAGGUGCCUGCAGAUGGUGAUCCAGCGGACUUGGCGAUGGUGGACAGCAUUCGCAAGUUCUCCUUGAUCCAGAGACCUUUCCAAGACAUGGUGGGCGGGAUGGCAAUGGAUCUGGUCAAG